AGUCAAAGAGAAGGAAGAAAAUCUGAAUCUUGUAAGCCAAUUCUUAAAGUAGAGUACAAGACCUGCAGAAAUAGUGAACCAUUUAUAAUAUUCUCUGGUGGGCUCUCCUAUGACAAAGCUUGCAGAAGACCAAGUUUAACCAUCAUGCAUGGAAAAGCAAUUACAGUACUUGAAAUGGAUCAUCCUAUUGUUGAAUUUCUAACUUUAUGUGAAACACCCUAUCCAAAUGAAUUUCAGGAACCCUAUGCUGUCGUAGUACUUCUGGAGAAAGAUCUCAUUGUAGUUGAUCUGACACAAAGCAAUUUUCCAAUCUUUGAAAAUCCGUAUCCCAUGGACAUUCAUGAAUCACCAGUUACAUGCACAGCAUACUUUGCUGAUUGCCCUCCAGAUCUGAUUCUAGUGCUAUAUUCCAUAGGAGUCAAGCAUAAAAAACAAGGAUACAGUAAUAAGGAGUGGCCAAUCAGUGGAGGAGCUUGGAAUCUUGGAGCACAAACAUAUCCAGAAAUUAUUAUUACCGGUCAUGCAGAUGGAUCAAUAAAAUUUUGGGAUGCUUCUGCAAUAACUCUGCAGAUGCUGUACAAGUUAAAAACUUCAAAAGUAUUUGAAAAACAGAAAUUAGGAGAUGGAAAACAAACGUGUGAAAUUGUAGAGGAAGAUCCAUUUGCCAUUCAGAUGAUUUACUGGUGUCCAGAGAGCAGAAUAUUCUGUGUAUCAGGAGUCUCUGCAUAUGUAAUAAUUUAUAAAUUCAGCAGACAUGAAAUUACUACCGAAAUUGUGUCAUUAGAAGUACGACUUCAGUAUGAUGUUGAAGAUAUUAUUACCCCUGAACCAGAAACAAGUCCACCAUUUCCAGAUCUCUCAUCACAGCUUCCUUCAAGGAGUCUUUCUGGGAGCACUAACACUGUGGCUAGUGAAGGAGUAACAAAGGACAGUAUUCCAUGCCUCAAUGUUAAGACACGGCCAGUGCGGAUGCCUCCAGGAUACCAAGCAGAACUUGUUAUUCAGUUGGUGUGGGUAGAUGGUGAGCCUCCCCAGCAAAUUACUAGUCUUGCUGUAAGCUCGGCAUAUGGAAUGUAAGUAAUUAAACUUUCUUUCUGAUGUGUAUUAUUUAGUUAAUAAGAUUGGUAUUUUUUAAUGU